CACCAAGCUUGUCCUUGGACAUUCUCCCAUCAUCUCUACGUCCUUAGCCUACACACGUGUACAGAUACUGCUGUUCAAGAGCUGAGGUAAUUGGUUUUAAAGUCUGUUCCUUAUCUGGCAGGCACUACUCGUGUGCCUAUGCAGACGGAGGGAGCAGCAGCCAGAGACAGGGUAUCCUCACCAUGGCCUACAGCCACCCCCUGGCUAAAGUCAAGAGCAGGCUCCAGAUCCGCAGCCACCUGGCCCGACAGUGCCUGGCAGAGUUUCUGGGAGUGUUCGUGCUCAUGAUCCUCACCCAGGGUGCUGUGGCACAAGCUGUCACCAGUGGAGAAGGCAAAGGCAACUUCUUCACCAUGUUUCUGGCUGGCUCCCUAGCUGUUACGAUAGCCAUCUACGUGAGUGGUAAUGUUUCAGGGGCCCACCUGAAUCCAGCCUUCUCCCUGGCCAUGUGCCUCCUGGGACGCCUCCCCUGGGCCAAGCUCCCCAUUUACUGCCUGGUGCAGCUUCUGUCUGCUUUCUGUGCUUCAGGAGCCACCUAUGCUCUCUAUUACGAUGCCCUACAGAACUAUACAGGUGGGAACCUGACAGUGAUGGGCCCCAAGGAGACGGCCUCCAUAUUUGCCACCUACCCUGCCCCUUAUCUGUCCCUGAACAACGGCUUCCUGGAUCAGGUUCUGGGCACAGGGAUCCUGAUUGUGGGGAUCUUGGCCAUCCUGGACACACGGAACAAAGGAGUGCCUGCGGGUCUGGAGCCUGUGGCUGUCGGGCUGCUGAUCCUGGCCAUUGGGCUAUCCAUGGGUGCCAACUGUGGGUUCCCACUCAACCCCGCCCGGGACCUGGGCCCACGGCUUUUCACCUACGUGGCCGGCUGGGGCCCUGAAGUCUUCAGUGCUGGUAAUGGCUGGUGGUGGGUGCCUGUGGUGGCCCCUCUGGUAGGGGCUACGCUUGGCACAGCCACAUAUCAGCUGCUGGUGGCUCUCCACCAUUCUGAAGAGUCAGAGCCAGCUCAGGAUCUAGAGUUUGCCCAACAUAAAGCUUCAGACUUGGAAAUUCCUGCCUCCGCUCAGUGUAAGCUAUGAUUCUGACAUGGCAGCCCUCACCUCCCUUGUGGACACUGGAGAGGGCCAGAGACCCAGGGCUGGUGACAAGACAUUCUCUGUACCAGCCAGCAUCGCAGUUCGCUCUUCAAGCCAUCCUUUCCCCCUGAACUGGGCAGGAUACUUAGACGGGGCGGUAACCCCGCGCCAGGCCCCUCCCGCUGGCCCUCCUUGCUCCCCCUCCUCCUCCAGCAGGUCUUGGGACAGUGAUGGCUUCCGCGGACGAAGAGCCUCC